AUGGCUUCAAUAACAACACAGGCCGAUGCCGUCCGGAGCGCGGUCGCCUCCGUCCAGACGUGCACUCCCACCAUUUCGGCGACGCUCAAGGAGCUUCUGCAGACACAAGACGGCCGACAUGACGAGGCAGCGUCGGCCGCGAGACCGAAAGCGACAAAACCCACUGCCGCAACGCGGAAACCGACGACAAACACGAAACGCGCCCCCCCGGCCAAAUCGCAAGCUGCAUGGACGGAGACAGGCCUCGCAGAGAAGGACAAAAUAGUCCUGGCGACACAAGUCAUCAAUGCGACUCUCAAGGCCCUGGGGGAGGCCGCAAAGAACCAGCCACCACCGUCCGCGGCACCUCGGUCUCGGAAUGGACUCCGGCGCUCCAACUCGUCGCCCAUGACCCCUCUACAGCCCCGAUCGCUCAACCGGGUCUCUACAUCACCCGCUGUCACCAAAGCCACCAAGACCCCUUCAUCGUCGACGGCAUCCACCGGGUGUUUGGCGACGGUAGAAUGCGCUCGGGCGGCCUUCUCAGCAUUGCGGACCCUCUCCAGUGCUGGGAAGACUGCGCUUCCUGACUUGCAGCUGGAGUCUGGCAUGUCAUCCUUCAUAAACAAGCUCAUUGCCUUGAGUUUGUACGAGCAUGCAUUGAGGGAAUUGCGCCUCCUCAAGCGCCGGCUGGAGGGAAUAGCAGCUGGAAAGGAUACCAGAAAGGCCAAGGCGCCCUCCGAACCCAGCUCGACCUCGAAAACCCUCUCCGACUUAUUCGACUAUACCGAGACCAACGUACCCGGCCCGGUUCUGGCCUUGAUAAUAUCUAGCCAGCUUCAGGCCUUGCGCGUCAUGCACGGCUUAAAGAAGUCGUCUCAUCUGGAUACUGUUCUCCCCUUUCUCCAACCGUCGCGGCCUUCCUCUCCGCUAGCUCUGCUGUUACUCUCAAAGAAGGGCGAGAAGUCAGAUCAGAUCAAGUGUGCAAAACAACUCGAAAGCUUAGCUCAAAGCCUCUUGUCGCUGUCACCCAGUCUAUCGCCAAGAGAUGACGCGGUGGCGAUGGAGCCCCGGCUCAGUCCAUCCCCAGAAACCUCGGUUCAGAUGCAAACUCUUGCCUUAAUUACCAGACUUCACUCUUGGAGUUUGUCCGGGCACAAAGGAAAUGUUGACAAGGACAUUCUGUUUCCGCUGUCCGUGUGUUUGUCAGCCUAUUCCCGGCGGAGCUCAUCUGAUGCGGCAUCGAAAUGCGAAAUCGCAAACUCCGCUUUUCUUCAGGUCUGGGAGCGAAUCGACAAUCAAUCGCUCCAGCCGGCAGAGUCUUCAAAGUCUCCGUUGGCCACCAUCUAUCAGGUUCUCAGCACCACCUCGCGAGAGGCAGGCAUCGUUAAGGAAGCAAUAAAGUGGAUGAGAAAGCUGAAGUUGCUCACGACAACACAGGAGGAUUCGGUAGCUCGUUGUUGCUCUGUAACAGCUCAGCUGCUAGCCCUUUCUCUAAAAACUACCACAAAGAUUGACGAAAGUCUCAUAAGCGAAGUCCUAGACGGUAUGCGUGGCCCUCUCAGCGGCAGCACAACGGAGCUGGACGAAUUGCUGGCUAGCGUUUGCUUGGUUCGGAAGGCUGCCAUAAACAUGGUAGUUGGAGAUGCGAAGGAGCCGGACGAUCCAGGUUCGGCAAGGGAGCUAUUGGGAACAGUGAUACUGCAAAUACCUCGCUUCGCCUUGAGAUGGCUAGGAAAGCCCCCUGCAUCCGGCAACGACAGCUCAGCCAAAGAUCUCCUACGCUUCGAACAGCGGCGCCAAAUUCUGUCCAAACAAAUACAGUUAAUGCUCGACUCGGCUUUGAUGCUCACAAAAGUCAUGCUGGAUAGGGGGAAGAUGCCUUGGGAUCUCAUGGACCCUAUCCUCCAAGACAGCUCAGCCCUCCUUGACGUGAUGGGGGACAUGGCUGCAAGCGUCAAGAGUAACCCUUCCGCAUCGUACCACGUCAAGAUAUCUCAUUUCUACUACCAGCAGCAUAUUAUGCUACGGCAGGCAUCAAACUCCAAAGAGUCUCAGUUCUUGCGUGCUCUGCGCCGUUCUAUUGACGCGGUCAAGCUUCGCCCAGAAGGCGAGCAAGCACGGGCACAACUUCUGUUCAAGCAAGAACGACUAGCAGAACUGUGUCGGGCUUGCGGUAGAAAGGAUGAUGCGGCUGAUGCUUUACGAUCCAUCAGAGACUCGCUAGUCCGAGAGGAUAUUGUACCUAGCAUCACAGCGGCUCUAUCAACCCAGGGUGUGGUACAAGCAUGGAAGUCGAACCCCAGGGCUGAGUCGCUAUCGAGAGCUGUUUGUAGUUUGGCCAAGGUGGACUACACGCCAUGCGACUGGACCUGGCUGCUCACUGGGUCGGACAAGGCUACUGCGCUAGAGCAUGAUCUGUACUUUGUCUAUGCGAGCAAGCCCCUUGUACCAGGCGAUCAGUUGGUGGACAAGCUUCUCCUAACAUUCUCAGUCUCCGACCAUCCGAUCAGACGACUCAGAACCCUGCUUCAGCUCCUAUCAGCCAAUUUAGAGUCUCGUGAGGAGUUUGGCAACUGGAUCACAGAGAUCAAGUCCCUGCUCGAGUUGUUGCAUUGCAAGAAUCUUGGGCAGGAUUCCGGUCUUGAGCAAUUCAUUCCUCACCUGCAGGGAUUGGCCACCUGCCUGGUGACUCUUUACGACGCUGAUCCGAAGAUCAACUCCGACGGCGUUGAGAAAGCUCUACAUACAUGGGCUGGAAUAGUCCAGGGGUCUGCAUCCGCGGAAGAGCUCUACACCAGCAUCGACAACCCCCCUCAGUUGGCAACGGUUCUUCAAGCCCUGUCCGACUUUUCGAGGAUGAAGGGCCAAGAUACCAUGUUGGGAUCAAUUUUGCAACUAUCGGCAGACCUCUCGCGACUCAUCUGCACCAACAACCCCGAGUUAUUCGUCUCCCAGAACACGGCUCUUUGUCUGCAAUAUCUCACUGUCGGAAAUUCCUCGAAGGUCGAAAACAUCUUGAAAGCUACCCAGGAGUUCACUGAGCAGCAGUCUGUAUCCCCUUUUGUAAAUGCACGUUUUCAUCUUUGCUCAGCUGAGUAUCACAUGGCUGUUGGCAACUUUGACCUUGCUGAACGGCAUUUGACUGAUGCACAAUCAUCUGCGACAAGCACUCCGACUGAGAAGUACCCAAAGACGAGCAGGCUGACCAAGAAGCUGUCGAUUGCUCAUGCAUCUUUCUUGCAUUCGGUUCUGGCUCUGGAACGAGGUGACGCUCACCACGCACUUUAUCACGCCAAGAUUGCGGUGCGUAUCCUCUUCCACGACUGGUCCAACCUUGAGAGUUUGAGAAGCUCGAUAUCGGCCCAAGGUGACGAACCGUCUCAAGUCGAUGUUUCCGGAUGUGAAUCAAGUUUCGCCAGCUCAAGGUUAUCCCAAGCAGACUUCACACGCGCGAACACCGGACCCGAGUUUUGGGCCAUGGUCUACCCUCUCUUUCGGUUCACUCUACAGUUGUCGGCGGUGUAUGCACAUGUCGGCAUGUACCAAGAAACAAUGUAUUACGCCGAACAAGCCCAAAAAGUCGCAGCAACCACCUAUUCGGAGAGUUAUCUCGCGCAGUCCCAGGCCUGGUUGGCCUCGGUGUACUUCACUGCAGGCAAAACCCAAGAUGCACUUCAGCUAGCCACCGAGGCCAAGCGGGCAUUGCCUACCCUUGAACCGACUUGUUCAAACAUCGAAAUGGCUUGCCAACUGAGUCGUAUCUUUCACGAUUCUGAGGAUCGCGAGGGUGAACUGAGUUUGAUGAGCAUUGCAGAUUCUAUGCUGCAGCGGUUAGGUGGUCAUGUUUCUUCCGAGGGGCUUGGCAUAGAAGAAACCAUGGAGAAGCUCACUAUCAAGGAGAAGCCUGCAUCAAGGGCUACAGGCCGACAGACAAAAGCGAGAGCGACUGCCGCGACCAAAAAGGUGGUUCCGAAGCGAGGAGCAGUCCCAGGACGAGCGAAGACUCCUGUUGAAGCAGCACCUAUAGCUACUAAGGAUGAUUUACAGCUAUCAUUUCUCCGUGCUUCGGUAUUGCGCCAUCAGUCCUUGUCUAUGCUUGAAGAUAAGGAUUGGAGCUCGGCCGUCAGCGCUCUGCAGACCGCGUACGAUCUCUCAAAACUAUCUACCGACAUCACGCAGGAGCGCCUGCUCAUGGCCGUGGCCCUCGUUGGUCAAAGUCUGGAGCAGAUGGGACGCGACUCCGUCUUUUCCGUUAUCCAGGAUUCCACCCUCUCCUUUCCAGCUGUUGCGGCAUCCAAGAGCAAAUCAGAAACACUAUCACUCACGAAGUCAACACCGCCCCGGAAGGCACGAGCAGCAUCUCCAUCGUCUCCUGGGUUCCUUGAGAACCUGCGACAAGCUCAAGACUACCUCCUCGAGGCUCACUCGAUCGCAAGCCUCAACGGAAAUGGCAGACUUGUCCACCGCAUUGCUAUUCUGCUCCAAAACGUGUUUCUGCUCUUGUCAACAACUAGCCCUUCAAAGACUGCUGUAGGACAUCCUGCUCAUGCUACUUGUUCGGUCGAGCUGGCCCGGAACCUCGUCUGGCGCCGAGAACGCAAGACACUGAAGAUUGAUCAUGACAAGGCCGGGAAGGCGGAGUGGCCGUUGCUCGCACAGACUACUGAUCCCAGGCGCUCUAGCCUUGGCUUCUCCAUCGACAUGAACCGAUUUCAGAGGGAAUACGUGGAUAUCAUUCCUAAAUCAUGGAAUGUUGUCUCCAUAUCCUUGAGUGACAACAAGCACGAUCUCUGUAUCACAAAGUUGCAGGCUGGCCAUAGUCCUUUCGCUAUCCGUUUGCCUCUUGAACGAGCUAGUUCGCGUGAUGCCGAUUGUGAGGUCUUCAAUUUCGAGCAAGGCCGGGCUGAAAUGCUAGAUAUUAUCGAAGCGACCAACCGAACCUGCCACAAUGCUCGUGAUAUGAGCGCGAAGGGUGGAAAGUCAACUUGGUGGGCAGAGCGAGAAGCCCUCGAUGAGCGAAUGAAAGAUCUUCUGGAAAACAUGGAACAGAUAUGGCUCGGUGGCUUCAAGGGUAUCUUCGCGCAGCACCAUCGCCGGUCUGACUUGCUUGCCAGGUUUCAGAAGAGUUUCCAAAACAUCCUCGAUAAGCAUCUGCCAUCCAGACAGCAGGUUCGGGGUAAACGCACCAAGACGACAGCAACCAAAGUUUCUCUGGAUCCGAGAAUCCUGGACCUCUUCAUCGGGCUCGGUGAUGCCACCAUCCCUGAAUGCGACCUUGAUGAGCCCCUGACGGAUCUACUCUAUUUCGUUGUGGACAUCCUGCAGUUCCACGGCGAACGCAAUGCGUAUGACGAGAUCGACUUUGACUCUAUGGUGGUGGAGACAUUUGAUGCUCUGCACGCUUACCACGCCUCGUUGAAGAGCAACAAGGACGCAGAAGGGGAUGUGCACACCAUUCUCAUUCUGGACAAGGCAUUCCAUAUUUUCCCCUGGGAAUCCAUUCCCUGCAUGCAGGGCCUAGCUGUGUCUCGGAUCCCGUCGCUUGCCUGCCUUCGACGUUCCAUUCUUGAGCAAAACUCGCCACACGCCCAGUCGUUCGAUGACGGAGACGAGGAAGAACCAUAUGUCCAGGGUGCGCGCGAGGGCCAUCACAUCUCCAUGAACUCCGGCACAUACAUCCUGAAUCCAAGCACAGAUCUCAAAUCCACUCAAUCAACCUUCGGCAGGCCCCUCGCCUCCCUACCCCCAGCGUGGACCAGCAUCGAGACACGGGUACCUACCGAGGACGAGUUCGAGGGCGCACUCACCAAAUCAGACCUGCUACUCUAUUUUGGACACGGCAGCGGUGCCCAAUACAUCCGAGGUCGCACCAUACGAAAACUCGACAAGUGCCGUGCCGUCGCCUUGCUCAUGGGCUGCUCGUCUGCAUCUCUAGCGGAUGUGGGCGAUUUUGAGAACCAUGGCACCGUCUGGAACUACAUGCUUGCUGGUAGCCCCGCGGUUGUUGGCACACUCUGGGAUGUCACGGAUAGAGACAUUGAUCGCUAUGCGGGACGAGUAUUCGAGGAAUGGGGGCUAAUGCCCAAGGGCACAUUUGCAGAGGACGGCACCACCGUCGGGAAAGGGAAAGGCAAGGCCACUGCUGGAGGGAGCAGUAAGGGAAGGAAGAAGGCCAAGGUGGUCGAAGCGUCGGAGGACAAUGCUGAGAAGGCGACGAGCCUGGUAGAGGCCGUAGCCAAGGCCAAGGACGCAUGCCGCCUGCGCUACCUCACGGCCGCGGCGGUCGUGGUCUACGGCAUUCCGGUGUACAUCAACAAGUGA